AUGGGCAAGAUUCUCCCCUCCAUCUCGCUUUAUAAUUGGGCCAUUGUCAUGCUAAUGGCCCUGGGCACCACGUCGGUCUCGUACGCGCUGUCGUCCAUCAGUGGUGCUCUGGGCCAGGCGAGUUUCUACGUCUCGAUGGAUCUGGUGGGCGAUGCGACCGCUCCAGGGUAUGCGCAGACGUCCAACUACAUUGCCGCAUGCACGGGCUGCUUGCUCGCGGGCGGAUUUGCCGGAGUGCUCUUCAACGCCUGGGCGGCCGACAUUCUCGGGAGACGACUGGCGUGUCAGGUUGGCGCGGUGGUGUUGACGCUGGGCGGAGCGCUGCAAGGCGGCGCCACCAACCGAAGCAUGCUCCUGGGCGGCCGGUUUGUCGCCGGUCUCGGCAUGGGAGCGCUCUGGACCACGAUCCCCAUGUACCAGGCGGAGAUCUCGACGCCGCAAUCUCGAGGCUUCAUGGUCUCCAUGACCGGCGUCAUGUUUGCCCUGGGCUACAUGCUGUCCGGCUGGAUCAAUUUCGCCACAUACUAUGCGGGCCAGAAGGACCCCUCGUCCACGUUUCCAUGGCGCUUCCCGCUCGCGUUUCAAGCCGCGCCGGCCUUGGUCAUGCUGCUCUUCUCGCCGCUCCUGCCGGAGUCGCCUCGCUGGCUGCUUCAAAAAGACCGGCACGGCGAAGCCCUCGCAAUCACCCGCCGGCUGCAUCACAGCAAGACCGACAUAAAUGACUCCUUCGCGAGACGCGAGUACAUCCAAAUGUCCAAGCAGAUGUUACACGACACGCGAGUCCAGCAGCAGAUCGGAUCCUUCUACAUCUUCCGAACCGCGUCGAAUCGAAAGCGGUGCUACCUCGCAUUCGGCCUCCUGUGGGGUUGUCAGUGGAUGGGACUGACCGUGGUGGGCACCUACGGGGUGUUGGUCUACUCGUCGCUCGGCAUGACCGGAUCUCUCCCGUUGCUGCUCCAAGCCCUCUGGGUCACCAUCUCCCUGCCGGGCAACUCCUUCACCGCGCUGUAUGUCGACCGAGUCGGAAGACGGACCCUGCUCCUGAUCGGGGCCAUCGCCAUCCUGGUGUGUCUCUGUUUCAACACGGCAUUGCAGGCCGAGUACCUGGGCACCAGUAACCGAGCCGGCCAACGGGCAUCCAUCUUCUUCAUCUUCCUCAUGAUCGUCUUUUGGGCCGGCUGCGUCGAUGCCACCCAGUUUGUCUAUCUGUCCGAGAUCUGGCCCAGUCACCUGCGCGCCCAGGGUCAAACUUUGGGCAUGGCCGGUUGGAUGUUGUCGGGGAUCAUCCUUCUUGUCGCCGCUCCCAUUGCAAUGGACCACAUCGGCUGGAAGUUUACCUUGAUCAACAUCUGCUGCACCUUCGUCUUUGUCUUUUGCCUCUACUUCUUCUACCCUGAGACCCGGGGUAAGUCGAUUGAAGACAUCAACGCUCUUUUCGGCGACGAGGUCGUGCUGCACUUGGAAGACGCCACGGACGAGGAAGGGGACAUGUCCAAAGAGGGCAUUGUGCAGGAACUUGAAAUGGAAGAAGGAAGCAAGCAGGCCUGA